CAAAUUCCACUUGUGGCCGCCACUUCCACUCCCGGGAUAGCCCGGAACAGCAAGAAGAGGCCUGCCAGCCCUUCGCACAACGGCAGCGGCGGCGGAGGCUAUGGCGCCAGUAAGAAGAAAAAAGUGUCCGCUUCGGGCUUUGCGCAGGUCUGGGCGUUACAUUUUUGGCAAGAACAGAGAAGCGAUGCUGGCCUCAGCACACCCUGUCUCAUGGCGCCCAGUGUCGCCAUAUCCCAUCACCCAUGGCGUUAGCUUCCAGCACUUGGGUAUCAGCAUGGAUGCCAUGAGUGAGAAUAAAAUGGUGCCUUCUGAGUUGAGCACAGGACCUGUGGAAAAAGCUGCCAAACCUUUGCCAUUUAAGGAUCCCAACUUUGUGCACUCUGGCCACGGUGGUGCGGUAGCUGGCAAGAAGAACAGAACCUGGAAGAACCUGAAACAGAUCCUGGCUUCCGAAAGGGCAUUGCCCUGGCAACUGAACGAUCCUAACUACUUCAGUAUUGAUGCUCCUCCAUCCUUUAAGCCAGCUAAGAAGUAUUCCGAUGUUUCAGGCCUUCUUUGGCUGCAUCAGUUUAUAUCCCUACCAACAGUGCUCCAUGGUACCUUUUCCCUACAUGCUUGCCAGCAUUUGUCAUUUGUUGAUUUCAAUAUGAGAGCCAUUCUAACUGGAGUGAGGUGAAACUUCAUUGUGGUUUUGAUUUGCAUUUCCCUGAUGGGUAGUGAUCUUGAGCAUUUUCUCAAGUGUCUGUUGACCAUUCGAAUUUCCUCUCUUGAAAAAUGCCGGUUCAAGUCCUUUCAUAACUGGAUUGUUUUAAUGUUGUUGAAUUUCAUGAGCUCUGUAGAUUCUACAUGUUAACCCUUUAUCUGUUGUGUAGUUUGUAAAUAUUUUCUCCCAUUCUGUCGGUUGCCCCUUCACUUUCAUGAGUGUUUCUUUUGCAGUACAGAAGCUUCUCAGCUUGAUGUAAUACCAUUUGUCAAUUUUGGCUGUGAUUGCCUGUGCUUCUGGGGUCUUUUCCAAGAAGUCUUUGCCUAUGCCAAUGUCUUACAAAGUUUCCCCAAUGUCAACCUUAGAUUUAAGCAUUGGAACUUCUUCUCUGAAUCAAAUAUUUUACAGAAUUCAUGUACUGCUUAAAAGAUGCCUGGAGCCCACCUACCCUCCAUGGUCCCAUGUGAGUCUAGCCCUCUGUUCUCUGCACUCCCCAUGUCAGAGACCCCUCAGAGACUUCUGGGGAACUCAGUUUGGAAACCACCCACAUAGCUGGAAGAAAGGGAACUGGGCCAGUGGCUAAGCCUCUCAGAGCCCAUUUUCUUAUUUGUAGCAUAUAGAUAAAGUGUGGAACCAGUAAAGAUACUUUCUGUUUACCUUCCUAACCCCUUUUUCAUCCACUUGGAAGAUGGUUUUUUUCUCACAACUGUAGAAAUAAUGAAGCAUGCCACUUUUUAAACUUACAUACAUAUCAUUUAAAUGCUUUACAAUUUAAUGAAAAUGUAUGGCUCCAACUUCUGUAACAAAAUGACCAAAUU